CUUUAUUUUUUUCUUUCCAAAUUGUAUAAAGUCCUUUUGUCACUCUUAACUCAGCCACAAAAUGCUUUUAGCCUCAAAUUGUAGAUGCUAGCAGAGAAAUAACUAAACCAAUUUAGCCUCAACCAAUUAUGAAAAGGGGAGAUGGAGAAAGAUGAUAAUAAACACCAACAAUUAGAAAACCCACCACCAUCUCUCCUCUCACCCAAUCAAAACCCUAACACAAAUGUUGCUGCGGAUCGGCUGAAGAGGGACGAGUGGAGCGAAGGCGCGGUGUCGUGCCUGCUCGAAGCGUACGAGGCCAAAUGGACGCUCCGCAAUCGAGCCAAGCUCAAGGGCCAGGACUGGGAGGAAAUCGCCAAGCACGUCUCGGCGCGCGCCGCCGCCUCCAAAUCCGCCAAGACGCAGACGCAGUGCAAGAACAAGAUCGAAUCCAUGAAGAAGAGGUACCGAUCGGAGUCCGCCGCCGCCUCCUCCUGGCCGCUCUAUCCUCGCCUCGAUCUUCUCCUCCGCGGAAAUGGAGUUUCCGCCCCUAACCCUCCCCCUGUUGCGGUGGAGGAGAUUGGAGUAAAUUCACCUAAUUCCAACGGCGGUGGUGCGGUGGGUAAGGAGGAGGAAGGAGAGGGCGCCAACAACAAUGAAGAGAAGGCGAUUGAUGAGAGCGACAGCAGCACACCAGCAAUUGAUGUGGAGAAGGAGAAGGGGAAGGUGAAGAGGAAGCGAGGGAGGGAGGGGUGCUGGGAGAGCGUGCGGUGGUUGGCGGAGAUGGUGGUGCGGUGGGAGCAGUCGCGGAUGGAGACGAUGAGAGAGAUAGAGAGAAUUAGAGCAGAAGCAGAGGCAAAGAGAGGGGAAUUGGAUCUUAAACGGACUGAAAUCAUCGCAAAUACUCAGCUGCAAAUCGCUAAGCUUUUUGCUAGAGGAUCAUCAUCCAUCCAAUAAUCGCAUCUUCAUCUUCAUCUUCAAGUUAUAUCUGUGUUGACACAAACAAAAACACUCGUAAUCAAUGAUUAUAAUAAUAGGAAAAUAUGUAUUCGCACGUUUACAAUACGAUUGUGAUUUAGUACUACUUGCAUUGGAAGAA